GCUGUUCCAUUUUCUCUAUUAACCUAAUGGUGAAGCCGACGAGAGGCCGUCGCUCACCCUCCAAAUCCGGCUCCGGUUCCUCAUCCCGUUCUCGGUCACGGUCCAGGUCCUCGCUCCCGCUCUUACUCCGGUUCAGACUCCAAGUCCGGCUCCCGCUCUCGGUCUGUCUCCGGUCCACAUCUGCUUCUCCAUCUGGCUCUCGGUCUAGAUCCUUAUCCUCUUCCUCUCCUUCUCGCAGCGCUAGCUUUCGAAGUCGCAGCCCUCCUUCUAAGCGUCGAAGGUCACUUAUUUACUUCUCUCUUCAAAUUUUUGAUACUCAUUUAAUAAAUUCUCCAGCUGAUGCACCUAGGCGAGGUCGUCCCCUUUGCCACAGUCUAAAAAGGCAUCUCCAACUCCAAGGUAAAGCUAUUUUCACUACAGAUUUACCAGUAUUCCAUCUAAGAGAAAUAUUCGGUAAUUUUGGUGAAAUUGUAAAUGUGGAUCUGGCAAUGGACCGUGCUCUUAAUCUUCCAAGAGGAUAUGGCUAUGUUGAAUUCAAGAAGAGGACAGAUGCUGAAAAAGCUCUACUGUACAUGGAUGGUGCCCAGAUUGAUGGCAAUGUUGUAAGAGCGAAGUUUACACUUCCUCCACGACCAAAAGUUUCCCCACCGCCAAAACCUAUUGCUUCUGCUACUAAAAGUGAUGCUCCAAAACCUGACACUGCUGGUGCUGAUAUUGAGAGGGAUGGGAUAAAACGACCACGGGAAUUUUCUCCUCAACGGAAACCCCUGUCCUCACCGCGAAGGAGAUCGCCUGUGGGUCGAAGAGGUGGAUCUCCUAGACGACCAACAGAAUCUCCACGUCGGCGAGUAGAUUCUCCUAUUCGUCGUCGUGCAGAAUCCCCUUACCGUCGUGCUGAAAUGCCUCCAAGGCGCCGACCUGCCUCUCCUGCUAGAGGUCGUUCUCCAUUGUCUCCUCCAAGGAGGCUUAGAUCUCCAGCAAGGACCUCUCCUCGUAGGAUGCGUGGUAGUCCAAUCCGAAGACGUUCUCCUCCUCCAAGGCGCCGUUCACCUCCUCGACAUGCCCGUAGUCCUCCAAGAAGGUCUCCCUUCAGUCGUAGACGGAGCCGUUCUCCAAUUCGUAGACCUGCUCAUUCUCGUUCAAGGUCAAUCUCACCUAGGAGAGGCAGAGGACCAGCGGCAAGACGUGGGCGAUCAUCAUCCUAUUCCAAAUCACCAAGUCUGCGGAAGGUAACAAGGAGGAUUUCAAGGAGUCGCAGUCCUAGAAGGUAA